AACUCUUCCUUCACCUUUUGUUCCUCAGAACCCCAACACAACUCAAAACUUAACCAACUUUAGAAUUUCUCACUACUAAAAGCUACUGAUCGGAGGAGCUGGAAAUAGCUGAAAAAGCGCUUUUUUGGAUUUUUUUGAGCAAAAGCAGAUUAAGACAAGCGGAGAUGUUCAGGAGCUACUACUUCUCAGAGCCUCACGUGCAGGAUUUCUGGCCUGAAUCUUCUUCAGUAGAAAAAGUGCAUUUUUCCGACGAGGAAGUGAUUUUAGCUUCAAAUAAUCCGAAAAAGCGGGCCGGCAGGAAAAAGUUCCGGGAGACGAGGCACCCGGUGUACCGGGGGGUGCGGCGGCGGGACUCCGGCAAGUGGGUCUGCGAGGUGAGGGAGCCCAACAAGAAAUCGAGAAUCUGGCUGGGGACUUUCCCCACGCCGGAGAUGGCCGCGCGUGCGCACGAUGUGGCGGCGAUUGCUUUGAGGGGGAGGUCUGCUUGCCUGAAUUUCGCUGACUCCGCGUGGCGGCUGCCUGUUCCGGCAUCGGUGGACGCUAAGGACAUCCGGAAGGCGGCAGCAGACGCUGCGGAAGCAUUCCGUCCUCAGUCAUCGGAGCCAUCGGCCGCCGUGGCGUCGCCGGAAGGCUUUUCACUUAUGGAUGACGAAGCGCUGUACGGGAUGCAUGAGUUGCUGGAUGACAUGGCUGAGGGGUUACUGCUGCCUCCACCUCAGUAUAGUGAUGACGUGGAAAUGAAUGCUGACGUGUCAUUAUGGAGUUAUUCUAUUUAAUUUUAAUUUAGUUAUGGGCUUAGGUUUCUAGGUGGGCACGUAAGAUAGUUGCCUGCUUAGCAAAAAUUCUGGUCCGUACUCAAUUUUUUUGCUAGUGCGGAAGCAGAAAAGAGGUGAGCGAUGGAAUGUGAUGCUUUUAUUCAAAUGAAUUUAAUUUAUCUCAA